AAUUACAAUGAUGGAAAAAUGAAUGAAGUGGUUUUCUCUCCCAGCUCAGUGUCUGAACACUUGUGAAGGAUUUGGGAUCAAUGCUCUUCAAUCACGUGGAUAUCAAAUCAACAUUUGUGUUGAUCUGACACAAAGUUACAUCUGCUGCCUGGUGCAGAUCUUCAUCCUCAGGAUCCAUGUGAGUGUCAGAGGGGAGGUGAAGCUGUGGAGCAGGGUGACCAAUGGGAGCUCUCCUUGGAUUAUCUUGCUCUUAAAAAGCCUGAGUGACGAACCACGGGUGGAUUGUUCGCUUCACCUGAACUCAGCGGGCAACAGUUGGAGCCAACUGUGGCACACGAGUGCAGAGCAGGAAAAAGAAGAAGAAGAAGAAGAAGGAGAAGAAAUGGAUCACCGCAAACACUCUAACGGUGACAGCGCGGACAGCGGCUCCGUCCUUAACGGACACUUUGACGGGUUGAAGCUCGCAGUCGUGGGCAGCGGGCGCACCGCCGCUGCGCCGCAGACUCCGGGCGCGGAGUCCGGGGCGCAGCGUCCAACCUCCGUGGUGAUGGAGAGCUGGAGAGAGGAGCGCACCAGGAGCGUGGAGGACAACGAGAUGAGCCUUCCGUCUCUGGCCGCGGCUUACACCACCAUCCUGCGGGGGCUCGGAGAAGACCCGCAGCGACAGGGGCUCCUGAAAACCCCGUGGAGAGCAGCCACCGCCAUGCAGUUCUUCACCAAGGGCUACCAGGAGAAAAUUAAAGACAUUCUGAAUGACGCCAUCUUUGAUGAAGACCAUGACGAGAUGGUGAUCGUCAAAGACAUCGACAUGUUCUCCAUGUGUGAACAUCACCUUGUGCCUAUCUUUGGCAGGGUUCACAUAGGUUACCUGCCCAACAAGAGAGUCCUGGGCCUCAGCAAGCUGGCCAGGAUCGUUGAAAUCUACAGCCGCCGACUUCAAGUCCAGGAGAGGUUGACCAAACAAAUCGCCGUGGCCGUCACUGAGGCACUGCAGCCCACUGGGGUCGGCGUGGUCAUAGAAGCCACUCACAUGUGCAUGGUGAUGCGCGGCGUUCAGAAGAUGAACAGUAAAACCGUCACCAGCACCAUGUUGGGAGUUUUCAGGGAAGAUCCAAAAACCCGUGAUGAGUUUCUGAGACUGAUCAGGAGCUGAGGAGGACGCAGCUCCUCCCCUUCAGCUCCUCCUCCUCCUGUUGCCUGGGUUAAAUGUCGUGCUGUGUGUGUGUGUGUGUGUGUGUGUGUGUGUGUGAGAGUGUAUUUUGUGAGUGAAGUUAGAGUCAGGUAAAGUAAAGUGUCACUUCGUUUGACAGAGGACGUUGUUGACAGAGGACAUUGUUGACAGAGGACGUUGUUAAAAGAGGAUGUUGAGGAAGUUGUUGACAGAGGAUGUUGUUGUCAGAGGACAUUGUUGACAGACGACGUUGACAGAGGACGUUGAGGACGUUGUUGACAGAGGACGUUGUUGACAGAGGACGUUGUUGACAGAGGACGUUGUUGACAGAGGACGUUUACGCUGAUGUUUACUCUGAAUUUAGCCGUUUGUGUCUUGUGUGUUUGCUCGUUGUCAUGAGUCAGAAAAGUGUUUACAGUCGUGUUCCAACCUUCUUCACCACAGACACCUGUGUUGUUUCUGAUUGACCAGUGGGGGGAGCUACAGAGCUGAUCGUCUACAGAUAACAAGAUAAAAAGUUCUGAUUAUAUCAUCAACCUCAACAAGACUCACAAAGAUCUAAAGUCCAUGGUUUUAUAAGGUGGUGAUGAUGAUGAUGAUGAUGAAGGUCAUGUGGUGCUACUGUGUGUGUGUG